AUGGGCAGUAGCAGUAGUGGAUUAAGAAGCAAUACGUCUAUGCAAAUUAAAGUCGAGUUGGACGCUGUUUACGGGGACUGUGCCCCAUCAUUUGCCACCGGGAAAAGAUGGGUAGCUGAAUUUAAACGUGGUCGUACCAGCUUAGCUGAUGAUGAGCGUUCGGGACGGCUAACAACUGUGACCACCACCGAUAACAUCGAAGAAAUUCAUCAAAUGAUAAUGGACAACCGUCGAAUUAAGGUUAGGGAAAUAGCAGAGGCUGUUGGCAUAUCAAAAGAACGUGUUUGUCAUAUAUUGACUGAAGAAUUAGGCAUGCAUAAGUUAAUCGCGCGUUGGAUGCCGCGCUUGCUCACUCUGGAUAAAAAACGCAUUCAAAUGAACAUUUCUAAGGCCCUGUUGGAGCGGUUUAUGCGAACCGAGUCGGAUUUUUUGCGUCGAUUAAUAAUGAUUGAUGAAACUUGGGUCCACCACUUCACUCCUGAAACGAAAGAACAAUCAAAACAGUGGACUGCGAAGGAUAAACCUGCUUUGAAGAAAGCGAAGAUGGUUUUAUUGGUGGGAAAG